AUGUCCGCUAUUAAUUCGUCUGCCCUGAAUCCUCAGGGCCAGGGACUCCGACAAUCGGCCCGGCAAACUCGUACGAACCCUUCCCGAACCUCCAAGACGAUUGGCAGAUCGUCAUUCGGAUUUGGUCGCGGCUCGACCACGGAGAUCGCCUCUGAGGCCCCUGUUCCUCACGGUUUCUACCCUGCCAUCACGCAUUUUACGGACGCGAUAACAGCCCUCCCACGCGAGUUCCGCCGACAUAACUCUCUGUUGAAGGAAGUGGAUGCGAAAGCAUGGGCGCUUGAGGAGAACCUGCUGCAGCUUCUGCAGCUCUCGUUGGACUCACAGCCCGUUCCAUACCCUCCGCAUCCGGCGCCUAUUGUGGGAGGGGUGGUUCGCGAAGAUUUUAUGCCUAAGGAGCUCACCCAAGCCCCCGAGACCUCCGAGAGCAAAAAUCGCCGCCUUCUGUUCGAUCGCGUCCGACAGAACCUUUCCGAUCUUAUGAUGACUGCGGACGAGAAGAACCACGUUAUAUCGAACGCGAAUGAGGAAUUGGACCGUCAGAUCCUCCGUCUAGAUACCAUUUUCCCUUACAUCGCGGGCGAGGUUAGUGAGGAGGCUCGCUUGGGUAGUCUUACACACUGGGCAUACUCCAACAAGAGCACCACGAAGACGACUGCCAAUGAGCGACCACGGCGGGAGGCUGUAAACCACAGACACGAUAUUGCCAACGCGAUGCAUGAAGCCGAAGCAGCCAGUCGGAGUGAGGCGCGGCGCGAGGCCGUCAUGGCGCGUAAACAGCGCCGGGGUCAUGUUGACGCGGACUAUGAAGAAACUCGUGGAUCGCGCAAGACAGCAACUAAGACAUCGCGCGUGGACUCGGGCGAACCAAGUGCCGCGCCGAAGCGUCGCAAGGUGGUUGCCCCUCCUGCCGUAGAAAUGAGUACGCCGAUGGAUCGCUCAGCCAGCGGCGCGGGUAGCCGAGGAGGUGCUGCUAAGGACGCUGACAAGAAACGGUCCCGUGCUACUAAUGCUGGAAGCUCUGGGACUGCUGCCGCCCGCAAGAAGCCCAACAGCAAUUCCAACGCGGCAUCUCCAGCGAUUCCACCUUCUCCGCUUAUCGGGACUUUUAAUGCGCCACGAAGUCCGGGCCCCGCACGACCGCAAACCUCGCGCGCGCAGCAGAAUGCCGGGGUCACCAGCAACUCUCGACAGCGGCCCACAUCUUCUGCUUCCAACCGUGUCGGACAGCCCACUACCUCAAAAGCAGCCGACCCCAGAUCCACCCCUCGCGAUGGCCUCGUCAAGCCUGAAAUCGGCAACCCCGAUGUACACCACGACUAUGAAGGCGGCAUGGGUAGUCGAGUCUCUGUCCCGGCUGGCACUCGCCGCGACGAGCUAGACGGACGCCCUACCGAAUCAGUAGAGCCGGAGCCCAGCAAGGGCAGAAACUCCAAGACCUCCACGCCGUUGAUGUCGAACUUCGCGGAGCCAGUCCCAUCCCGAACCCGCCCCACCCGAAAUACCGAGGGCCCUGCCAAGCGCACGAAUAAAAAGACCGUUCCGGCCCCGGCUAUCCCGUCUGACGAGGAGUCUAUUCACGAAGGCGACGACGAAGACGAGGAGGGUGAACCCCGCUACUGCUACUGUAACGAGAUCAGCUUCGGCGAGAUGGUUGCUUGUGAUAACGAUGCUUGUCCGCGCGAGUGGUUCCAUCUGUCUUGCGUGGGCUUGACGAAGCCGCCAGGCAAGAAUGUGAAAUGGUAUUGUAACGAGUGCAAGGACAACAUGCGGCGAGGUCGCAAUGGGCGUUGA